ACCCUAUUCGCCAAAACCCUACUGCGGAAAAACAAUUGCUGCUGUUUCUCCCACCAUUUCUCCUCGUCUGAACCUCUAAUCCUUCCAUAUUCGAAGCUUGAAAAUGGUUCGAAGCUUGAAGAAUCCGAAAAAAGCAAAACGCAAGAGCAAGGGUUCGAAGAAAGGUGAAGGAUCAUCAUCAAAUGAUGCGCCUGCAGUAGAAGCAAAGGUGUGGCAACCGGGUGUAGACAAAUUGGAGGAAGGAGAGGAGCUUCAGUGCGAUCCUUCUGCUUACAAUUGCCUUCAUGCUUUUCAUAUUGGAUGGCCUUGUUUGAGUUUCGAUAUAUUACGUGAUUCGUUGGGGCUGGUGCGUACCGAGUUUCCACAUACUGUGUAUUGCGUUGCCGGAACUCAGGCAGAGCAAUCAUCCUGGAAUUCCAUUGGAAUAUUCAAGGUAUUAAAACUCUCUGGGAAAAGACGUGAUUUAGUGCCCAACAAGAUAAACAAAGAUGGUUCUGACAUGGACAGUGAGAGUAGUGACAGUGACGAGGAUGAUGAAGAUGACAGCCGUGGAUCCGGACCCCCAGUUUUGCAGAUACGCAAGAUCUCUCACGAGGGAGGUGUGAAUCGUAUACGCGCUAUGCGUCAAAAUCCUCAUAUUUGCGCUUCGUGGGCAGAUACUGGGCAUGUUCAGGUUUGGGACUUUAGUUCUCAUUUGAAUGCUUUGGUACAAUCAGAUGCUGAAGCUGUUCAUGGAGGGUCCACUGUAUUCAAUCAAGCUCCUUUAAUUAAGUUUAGUGGACACAAAGAUGAAGGCUAUGCCAUGGAUUGGAGCCCUCUCGUUCCUGGAAGGCUCGUCACAGGUGAUUGCAAGAGCGGUAUUCAUCUAUGGGAGCCUGCAUCUGAUUCUACAUGGAAUAUUGAUUCUAAUCCUUUGGUCGGUCAUACUGCAAGUGUCGAAGAUUUACAGUGGAGUCCUACAGAACCUUUUGUAUUUGCCUCGUGCUCGGUUGAUGGAAAUGUUGCGAUUUGGGAUAUUCGUUCGGGAAAGUCUCCUGCAGUUUCUAUCAAAGCACAUAACGCAGACGUAAAUGUUAUAACAUGGAAUAGCCUGGCGAGCUGUAUGCUAGCAUCUGGUAGUGAUGAUGGCACAUUUUCGAUCCGAGAUCUUAGAUUGCUCAAGGAAGGAGAUGCUGUCGUUGCACAUUUCGAGUACCAUAAACAUCCCAUUACAUCGAUUGAGUGGAGCCCGCACGAGGCGUCCACCUUGGCGGUGUCUUCAUCAGACAAUCAACUAACAGUGUGGGACCUAUCUCUUGAAAGGGACGAAGAAGAAGAGGCGGAGUUCAAAGCGAAGACAAAAGAACUAGUAAACGCACCCACUGAUUUGCCACCACAGCUUCUCUUUGUUCAUCAGGGUCAGAAGGACUUGAAAGAAGUUCACUGGCAUUCACAGAUACCUGGAAUGCUCAUAUCAACUGCUUCAGAUGGUUUCAAUGUACUAAUGCCGUCGAAUAUCGAAACUCCACUUCCUGCCGAUAAUGCUUGAUAUUCGACAAUAUUGUCUUAUGUAAAGAAAUCAGAAAAAAAAAAAAGAAAAAAAAAAACAAGAAUCUUGUGAUCUAUUUGCUUUUUACCGCAGCAUUGAAAAGUUCUACUACUUUAUUAGUUUUUACCCUGUUGCUUCAAAUUUUGCCCUUUAAAAAUGUUGUAAUGGACUCCUAUUUAACUUAUUUUCCAACCGUUUUCUUUGAACAAUAUUGUUCACCCAUAUGUCUCUA